AUGGGUUCAGACGAAUUAUCGUUAGUUAAUGAAAACAACGCCCUCAGCAUCUCCGAGCCUGCGCCGCAGAACCCGCAGGCGCUCGAAUGCCUUUUGUCGAAGGGGCUUCUGCAGAGAGACCUGGAUUUAUUGCGAGAAGCGGGAUACUCCACUCUAGAAUGCGUUGCCUAUGCACCUCAGAAGAAUCUGCUGGUCAUUAAGGGCCUGAGCGAACAGAAGGUAGCGAAGAUCAAGGCAGCCUGCAGGGAGCUGUGCCACCUCGGCUUCUGCUCCGGGCAGGACUACUUGCAGGCCAGAGGCAAUUUGAUAAAAUUUACGACCGGAUCCGUCCAGUUUGACACCCUCUUACAGGGCGGCAUCGAGACCGGCAGCAUCACCGAAGUAAUUGGCGAAUUUAAAACGGGGAAGUCCCAACUGUGCCACACCUUAGCAGUCACGUGCCAGCUUCCCGUUGAGCAGAGCGGGGGCGAGGGGAAGUGUCUCUGGAUCGACUCCGAGGGGACCUUCAGGCCCGAGAGGAUCGUCUCGAUUGCGAAGAGGUUCGGGCUCUCCCCGUCGGACUGCCUCGACAACGUCGCCUACGCCAGGGCCUACAAUACCGACCACCAGCUUGAGCUUUUGGUAGAGGCGACUGCGAUGAUGUCUCAGACCAGAUUCGCCCUUCUGAUAGUCGAUAGCGCCACGGCCCUCUACAGAUCAGACUACUCCGGAAGAGGUGAGCUGGCCAGCAGGCAGAUGCACCUGUGCAAGUUUCUCAGGGCUCUGCAGAGGAUUGCAGACACGUUCGGGGUAGCCGUCGUUAUAACGAACCAGGUGAUUGCCAAGGUUGACGCAAUGUCCUCCUUUUUCGGCAACGAUAAGCUGCCGGUUGGUGGACACAUUAUUGCUCACGCUAGCCAGACUCGUUUGUUUCUUAGGCAAUCGAAGGGCGAGAGUCGUAUUUGCAAGGUGUACGACUCCCCGGUGUUGCCAGAGGGCGAGGCCGUGUUCGCGAUCACUGAUGGAGGCAUCAGUGAUUACCAAGACCACUGA